AGCCGUCGUGUCCUCAGCGGUGGUGCCGCGGGGUCCCAGGCUGACGCGGCCCGCGCCCACCGCCUCGUCGCGCGGCCUCAAGUCCACAGACUGGGGUCAGAGUCCACAUGGCUGCCUUCAACAACACCCAGGUGAGCGUGAAGAUCCUGGAGCCGGCGGCGGAGGGCGAGGAGGGCAAGUUCUACUGGGGGAUGGCGUCGCAACCGGGACCCAGGGACCUCUUUCAGCUCUCUGUCAACAAGCGAACGACCGUCAGUCAGCUCAAGGCGAUGAUCGAGAAGGAGAAGGGCAUCGACAAGGCAGCCCUGCGCGUGAUAUACUUCGGCAAGGAGCUCGCCGGAAGCCGCGACAUGGAGAGCGUCGGCUUCAACCACACCGACGACCCCCUUCUGCAUGUGAUCCCGCUGCCAGGGUCUUGAUCAGGGGCAAUGUUCGGGGGGAGUAUUCCCCCCCUAAUGUUCCCCCUCGCUUGAGCUGCGGCCGUCGGCGGCGAGCCCAGGGGGGAAGCGAUCUCGCACCCGAAGCUCCCGAAUUCUUGCCCUCGGGCCUGCCGCCGAGGCCAGGUCCGGCGACCGCCACCCGACGCCCCCCGCGGAGGCGCGCAGCUGUGCGUCUCUGCGGAGGCGCACAGCUGCGCCCGGGCCGCGCGGCAACGCCCGCGCGCACGCCCCGGGCCCGGCGAGACAGGCGGCGGCGCCCAGCCUUUGCGCCCCUUCGGCGGCGCGCGGAGGGGAGGGUGUCUCGGGGGGGCCGCCGCUGGGAGCCCGUGAGCGCGUUUGACUCCUUUGUGUUUGCUUGCGCGAGCGGUGAGCCGCUCCCUCGCGUCAGAAGCAACACUUUCGCCCCCCCGUGGGCCUCUUGAAGCAGUCUGCGGACGUUCUGCCGGUGCGAGAGACCCGCCAGAGGUCCCCUGUAAUGUAAUUCACGCAAUAUCACGUGCUCGAAUGUUUUUUCAACGGAGCUGCCUCCUGGCCUGCGCGGGUCUGGAACCUGGCUCCCAACGACGCGGUGCGAAUUUCAGUUCGCAGAACUUGUGAAACGGCGUUGUGAACAACGCUCUGGGGCAGUUUACGGCCAGACCUGCUGGGCGGGAUUAGUCCGCAGCCAGACCUUCUCUCGGUCCUGUGGACUCUCGCCCUGGGCCGUCGGC